AUGCGUAGCGGGGCGACAGCAAGCAGCGCGGCGGCGUACAAAGCGAGCAGGGUAGAGCAGCAGGGGGGCAGCGCGCGGGCAUGGGAGACCGGCCAGCACGGGUAUUGCUGCGGCAGCGUGGUGCGGCUGGUCGGGGCGGCCGGCGCGGCUGCAGUGGGCGAGAGCGGAAGCGGCGGGAGCGCGGCAGGAGAGGUAGGAGGAGGCGCGCGCGUUAGCGGGCGCCGUCGAGGGGGGGCCGGGCCUAGGCCAGCGACGGCCGGAGGCGGGAGGGGCUACGGCGGCUGGGACCCAGCCGGCGAGCGAACUACGGGCGCGGGGGUGCAGCAGCGACGCGCGGGCACGGGGCGACGGCGCUGCACGGCAUACGCGGGGUGGCGGGCGCUACGUGCGGGCAAGCAGCAGCAGGCCAGCGAGGAACGAGCGGUCGUGCGCGCGAGGCCCGGCUCGCUAGCAGCAGCGCGUGAGCGCACGGUCACGAGUGCACGAGUACGCGGGGAGCGCGAGCCCCAGCGAUUUCGGCCGCGGUGA